AUGGAUGAUCAGAGAUAUCUCUACAUCUCUGACACCGGCAGAGAUGAAGUAAGACGAUAUAAAAUAGGAGACAAGAAUGGAACUCUUGUGGCUGGUGGGUAUGGCAAAGGAGCUCGCCUCAGUCAACUCAACGGACCGGGAUACGUCUUUGUCGAUCAACAACUAGCUGUCUACGUGUCAGACUUCAAUAAUCAUCGUGUGAUGAAAUGGAAUAAAGGUGCAACAGAAGGGAUUGUCGUUGCUGGAGGUCAGGGGCAAGGAAUAGCCCUCACACAAUUAUCAUAUCCUCAAGGACUAUUCGUCGAUGCUAUGGGUACCGUCUAUGUGGCAGACUCUGCGAAUAAUCGAGUGAUGCGUUGGCCUCAAGGAGUAAAACAAGGCACUGUCAUUGUCGGUGGAAAUGGCCAAGGAAAAGAAGCAAAUCAAUUCAACUUUCCUCGCGGCUUGUCUUUAGAUCGUUAUGGCAAUCUCUAUGUCGUCGACCGUCGGAAUCAUCGUGUUCAACGAUUUUCAAUCGAAUAG